GUGCCUUUGAGCUGAAUUGAUAUCUUAUUAAAGUCUUCAAAAGUUAUUUGAUUUAUGUUAUUGUCUCAUAUACUGCGAGUGCGUAUGUCGAGAUGAACGCAGAUGCAGGAUGAAUGAUUUCUUUCAUUCAAUUAAAACUCUAGCACGACGAGUGUUUGUCGUCCAAAUUAGCAUGCAACACGCGACCGAUGUAUAGCCCAUUGAGUGUUCUUCAAUUCGUCUGAAGUCUUGGGUCUACCAACCGGAUAAUGCGAUGGAUGUUGAUCGCACGAAAUAUUCAUCAAGGAAAAUGGACACUGGUUGAAGUUCGUCCAAUUCCGGUGGAAUUCAUUGUUCAGCAAAUUUCUAUCUUCUUGUUGAAAUGUCCUAAUGCGGGUUCGAAUCACAAUGUAAAGGAAAGAGGGUUCUUUCUUUCAUUUGUAAUUUUCUUCCCUUCAAGUUCAAGGCCUUUGUUCGCUAAAUUUUCGUUGCUUUGCCAUAAUACAUGGGCAGUAUAGAUUUCAUUUUCGAUGACUCUCUAAACAUAUCUAGCAGAAAAGCUCGCACUUUAACUUUCCUUACAGAUUUGCGCAAAGAUAUGGCUGCUGCCGCUCCCAAUAGAUUUAACCCUGGAGGCUUUAGGGGUGUGAGGAAACCACCGACCGCUGAAGAGUGGGAGAAGUUCUCCGAUUAUGAAAAGGAUGAGAAACGAGGAGAGGAAUGGAUGAAUCGUGUUUAUGGGUGGAAUAUCAAUGCAGAAAACGAAAAAUUGUCUAGUGACCGAUGGCUCCCGGACAAGCUUUUAGGGAAGGGCGUUGCGGUCUUUAAGAAGGGGCAUACUACUGACACUGGUGAUGUAUUUUAUAAGAGAAUUGUUGUAAAACAAGCAUCCAGUCCUGAAGCAAAAUCAAGGCUACAAAAUGGUGCUUCCAUUCUCGAUCACUUACGAGCAUAUUGGGUUACGGAUGCCGAUCAUUUAGUUCUACCAUUUGGAGCGUACGAAGAAGACGCGGGUACUGGCACGGAUGAUACCUUUGAUCCUGUGUAUUUUCACGAGUCCACCUCGGAUGCGGUAGGAAGGACAUAUACAUCUUACUGUGAAGGCGGUAACUUCCAUCAGUGGCUAGAAAACAAUUUUGGAGAACAAUAUCCUUCAGAGAGUGAUUUAUGGAGCGUUAUGGAAUGCAUGGCAAAUAUCUGUAUGAGACUAGAGCACGGUUAUUCGGUCAUGGUAAAUCACAAUCACCGAGAACAAUAUCGAUCAGUUGUUCAUCUUGAUAUAAGACCAGAAAGUAUGUUUUGUGCAAGGAUACAGGAAACAAGGCGUGGAAGGCAUAGUAAUCACACAAUAUUUAUACUUGGGAAAUUUGAAAAAGCAGCAAUAGUUCCCAGCGAUCCUAUGGAUAAAACAUGGAUGUUUAAUAUCCGAGGACGUGCUGAUCCAAAAUGGGCAACUCCGGAGCAAAAAUAUCCCCAUAUGGAGGGACGAAGUAUUGGUACAUCUUGUAACAUCUUUGGAAUAGGUGCGCUGCUAUAUUACAUGAUAACAGGAAGAGAGCUCGGAGAUAGUGCUUGGAACAUCGGCAUCUCAGACUCGCCUACUGAUCAGGGACUGAAGCUUUAUUUUGGCGCAGACCUAAUAACAGAGCCUAUCGCAAAACAACAGGAGUAUUCUAAAACUCUUAUUCGGACAAUUCUACAGUGUCUUUCAUAUCAUCCCGGGGAUAGAAUUGAUGCAAAAGAACUCUUAGAAUUGAGUACUAAGGCAUUGAAUUUCGAUGAUAGACAACGUAUGCCAAAAGAAGUGCGAUACAAUCCGGGCGAUCCCGUCAUAAUUCUUGAACCCCAGGAAGAAUUACAACCUAAUGACUAUAUUCCUUCUGAUCUAAGCCUCAAGAUAUACAAUCCCCCCGCAGAUCAGCCUGAGACGUUACGAGCCAGGGCGGGAAAAUGGCUUAAUCGGUUCUUCCUAUUUCCCGACAGCGCUAAGGGUCAAAGAUCGAGAGAGAAACAACGAUUAGAUUAUGAGACUCAAGUCGAGAUAAAGAGAAAAGCAGAGGCGACUAGAAAGCGGUUACUGGCUGAAAUUGAGGCUGAUGAAGCGGAGCAAAUGCGUCUUCAGAUAGAAGAAGAAGAAGAAGAAGACCGUAAAGCAGCCGAACGACGUGCUAAAAAAAGAACUGAAUUGGCUGCGGAAAUAACACGAAGGAGGGCAGCCGCUACCGGUGAAGGGGGGCAACAGGAACUGCUACCUCAGCCUGUUCGUAAACGUGAUCGAUCUCCUGAGAUUGUUGAUGAGAGAAGCCGUAAAAGAGCCCGUUCUAAAUCCCCGGUCAGACCCAAUACCCCAGACACAGCCGCGGCUGAAAAGGGCGGUGCUGAACCAAUGGAUUCUGAUGUUAACAAAGACAAGAAAAUGUCACCAUCGGGAGAUUUGGACAAAGUGAAGGAAAAAGAAGUGAAGGAAAAAGAAGCGAAGGAAAAAGAAGCGAAGGAAAAAGAAGCGAAGGAAAAAGAAGCGAAGGAAAAAGAAAAGAAGGCUGAAGCGGAUGAGCUGGAAAGGCAGCGAGAAUAUCAUGGGAGAUUAGGGCAGCAAGUAGAAGCCGACAGACGAGAAAAUGAGCGGAAGAAACAACAUGCAAAAGCGCAAUGGACACAUGGAGAAUCUUCACUCGACGUUCAAAGACAGAAUCCACGACUUGAUCCUCAUCUUUAUAUUAAUCCUAACUACAUGAUUCUUUACAAAGGUUCGAACUAUCGUGUUAAAGACCUUCUGAAGUUAAAAGAACCGUUUCCAUGGAAAGAUUUUGCUUGGUGGGACAGCAUUCUUUAUCUAAAGGAAAGCCUUCCUCGUGUGGCCAUUGAGUAUUAUGAAGAUUUGAAGGAACGGGGAGUAGAGCUUGUAGCGCAUUCGGGAACCCUUGAUGAAACAUCCCUCGAGUGGGAAAAUGUAUCGAGGAUGAUUCAACGGUUUGACAAAGAAGGGCGCGAAAAAGAGCGCGAAAAAGAGCGCGAAAAAAAUGGGCAUCUGGGUUUAAUCAAUCCCCCUGUUGGUGGCGCAGCGAGGCGUAUGAAUGAUAACCACCAAUCACCUGGCAUUCCCAAAUUUCGAGAUUACUUGGCUGGAUUGACCACGAAUUCGCCGAAUUACCGGGAGAGGUAUAACCAAAUGGGCCCUAGAGACUUUGACGAUGAUGAAGAUCCUGAUGACUCUGUGCAGGAGGUACCCGCACCACCAGCAAACGAUCGCUAUCGCGCGCCUCCUAUAGACCUCUCUCGUUUCAUGGUGGUGGUGCCACCAAAAGCACCAAGAGCACCAAGAGCACCAAGGGCACCACCAGCUAAAAUUACUGCAUGGUUCUGCCCGUAUUGUAAUGAUAAGGAUGGCGGUUAUGCGAAAAAAGGGUCAUGUGAAACCCAUAUAAAAACCAAACACAAGAAUAGAAAAGGAAACCCCAAAACCACCGCAUUUGUUCCUAGGCGAGUUGCUCCAAAGGCAAAAGCCCCAGAACGGCCUUUUGACCCUUACCGUUAUCAGGCUUAGUUUUGUAUUCAGACUUGAGAAUUUUUAUUUGAUUUAUAUAGUUAAUAUUCUUAUUCAGCCCAGUAAAGUUUCUCCA